CAUUGUUUACCGUGCUUGGCAGUUAUUCAUGAAUUUGACAAGUCUUCUAAUUUGUAAUAUUUGAUUAUUUAUUUCAACUUGUAGCAAUGGAUUUGAGAAAACUGAAAAAUGAAGACAAAUUGAAUCUUUGCAGAUGGUAUUAUAGAGGCGGUUUCUUCUUUCUGCCUUUCCUGUGGUUUGUUAAUGCUGUAUGGUUCUUCAAUGAAGCUUUCCGUAAAAGUCAUUAUGAAGAACAAAAAAUGAUUCGAACAUAUGUGAUUCGUUCAGCUAUAGGAGCAAUUAUUUGGGCUGCAGGAUUGAUAUCUUGGAUUGUGGUCUUUCAAUUAUACCGAGCUGAUUGGGGUGAAGUUGCAGAUAGACUGUCUUUCAUCAUACCUGUGGGUAUCCCAUGAAUAUUAUGUGUGAAUUGUUUUCAUGUUGGUGUGUGGAACUGGUAUGAGAUGUAAAUAUAUGUAGACAUUUUUUAUAAAGCAUUUUAAA